AUGCGUACUGAGCUUAUUAAGGCGGACACCAUCGAUGAAGCUACCAAACGAAUUCUCAAAGAAUUGAAGGAGGACGCUGCUGGUACUGCUAGCAGCAGCAGCAGCAGGCGCAAUGUCAUCUACUUUGACGGCUGGGAUGGGCUGGGGGCAUCCGCCGUCCUCCGAGAAGUAGGCCGACGCCUCACCGCAGCUGCUUCAGAAGAGGAACCGGAACCGGCACCGGCUGGAAGGAGGAGAGUCCCUGCUGCCGCCGUUCUGGAGUUCGCGCAUAUCUUCCACAUCGACUGCUCCAAAUGGGAGAGCAGGAGAGCGAUGCAGAGGAUAAUCGCAGAGCAGGUUAAGCUUCCCGCUCCGGUGAUGGACAAGCUCGAUACUGAAGAUGAGGCAGACGAUUUCCAAGGCUUGGCCAAUGGCUCCCGCGCCGAGAUACAGGGGGUGUCUGAGGCGAUAUCUCAACACAUACGGAAGCUGAACCGCAGGUUCGUGGUGAUUUUUCACAACGGGAGCAACGAGGAGAUAGAUCUUGACAGCUUCGGCAUUCCUGUAUCCGCCCGAUACUCGAGGAACAAGGUAUUGUGGUCAUUCCAAGGGAGGUUCCGGCUCUACCCAAGGAUGAAGGUCGAUAUGGCCCUCAAGGGCAGUAGCACGACGACAGAUGUUGUUCUCUCAGCCUCAGCAGCAGCAGCCGCCUCCAAAGGUGACUUGUCUGACAUCUUGAGCCAUGAGGCUGCAGAAGUUGCAUCGCAGAUCAAUAUUGGUGGCAUCGACUGGUCUGCCGCAGCCACCAAUUGCUUCUUGUACACCAUGAACCUUUGUGGCAUUGGUAGUCGCUUGGUCGACUAUGACUUGGUGAACCAUGGCUGCAACUACUGGACAUGUGAUGGCAUCGUACAGCUGCAGCAGGGAGAUGUUGGCACUGAUGGUGAUGAAUCAUUGUGGCUAUUUUCGGAUGCUCUGCAGCGCGAGAUGAGACUAGAUACGGACUACCAAAAUCCAUACGUGCCAUCUCCGGUGGUAAAGCAUUUUCCGGAGCGCAUAUCAUACUGGUCUUCGCCAAUCUACGGGUUCACCCUGAUUCCGGGCCAUCACCAGUAUAGAUGCAUUCCUAAAGGCAUGUUCCAACAACUCGACAAGCUUCAUGUCCUCAAGAUAUCAGCAUGCGAGUUCAGCUUCACAUCGCCACCGUUCCUCUACUGCAACAAUCUUAGGUUUCUGUGGCUUGACCACUGCAAGCAGGGAAGCAGCAGCACAGAUGAAGUAGCGGACGAGGAGGACCUCCGCCGUUGCUUCCAAAGGAUGUGGGUGCUGGACGUGCGCUACCCACCAACUUCUGACUUCUUGCCCGCAAGGAUGAUGGAUUUCAUGACUCAACUCAGGGAGCUGAACGUGGUGGGAGACAGCUAUCUGGGAUUGGAUCACUUGUUCUCGGGUAUGGACAAGUUGGAGCUUCUUGAGUUCUCCAGAAACCGUGCCAUAUUCAUGAUGGAUAGUUUGUCUGUGGAAAGCAGCUGCAGCAGCCUUGAGACUGUCAUUAUUGACGGAUCCUUUGGUUUACACGGUAUCUCCUUGACGGGAUGUGCUAAACUGAAGAAUCUAUUCUUGAGUGGGUCCUUCCCGGACCUAUGGAGUCUUGAUAUCACCGGCGCAGCAGUGAAAACACUAGAUCUCAAUGCAGUUACGGCCCCACAGUUUGGUAGGCUGGUUUUAAUUGGCUGUGGGAAGCUUUGUGCAAUCCUAUGGCCACCGGCUGCUGCAGCCAGGAGGGAAAGAUACAUGGCUCAUCUACGCAUCGACACCACCCAAAAGGUGGGCACUACUGCAGGUGGAAGAUCAGCACCUGCUGAAUUUGACUGGCAUAUUUCUGUAAGGGAUACAAGGCUCCUUGGCUCGCUUGAGCCCAUCAAAGAUUAUUUCGAUUCCUAUUGUGCACAUGUGGAGAUUUCAACAGUUUCAUCCCCUGCUCAUCCUGGCGUUCCUGCUGCUACCGCAAUUGCUACCAACAAAGGUGGAACUGAGAACGGCAGGCAGCAAAUGGAAGUAAACCUGCAGCACCAGCAACUGCUUAAAGAUAAUGCACUAAACCCAUAUGUCGCCGUCACCCUUAAGUACACCAGCAUGCAGCAGCAGGAUAAAGAAGGCGACUACGAUGUUUGGGAGGAGACCAUGUGUGCAUGUCCUCCUCCCCCAUGUGUGCCAUCCCAAGGUUGCUACGUGCACAUAGAAGACCAGAUGGGGACCACAUUACAAAAUGCAAGCAUAACAGUACCAGGAUUUAUAUGUGAGAGUGCUAAGAUCUUGCAUGUGCACGAUAGCUUGUUCAUCACCAGUGGUGCAGAGUCGAGUGGUGCAACGACAUGGAACCAGUUGGAGUGGUGCAGAGUCGAGCGGUGUCCCAAGUUGAAGUGUGUCUUCACUUCUGAAAAAAUUAGAGGAGGUAGUGAAAUCGGUGUGGAUGUGUUUAAGAAGCUGAGGACACUCUGGGCGUCGCAUCUCCUCAAUGCACGCUACAUCUGGAACUGGUGUGCUGUAUUUGGAUUCGAAGAUAGAGCGUUUACGGACCUGACAUUAUUGCACCUCAGCCACUGCCCAAGGAUGACAUAUGUUGUAUCCUUGCAUGAUGCCAUGAGGGCCUUGGAAAGUUUGGAGACCCUCGAGAUCAUGUGGUGUGGUGACCUCAGUGUGGUCUUCGGUUUCUCUGAGAUCGGCGAUUAUUGGUCACAUGGAGGUCGAUGGCACUUCCCUAAACUGAAGCGUAUCCACUUGCACGAGCUCCCCAAGCUGCAGCGCAUCUGUAGUAUUGGGUCAAAUAUGUACGCACCCAAUCUCGAAACCAUCAAGAUCAGGGGCUGCUGGAGCUUCAAGAGGCUGCCAAUCAUUGGCGACAACAAGGUGGUGGAGUGCGACUGCGAGAAGGAACUGUGGGACAGGAUGGAGUGGGACUCCUUUGUGCAGCCCAAACACUACAAGCCGCUCCACUCGCGGUACUACAAGAAGACCAUGCUCAGAACCUCAGUCCUCAGGUGA